AUGUUUGAAACAAAGCCAAGCAUUAAAUGCCCUCCAUUCGCAAUUACCUUCUUCGCUGUGUUUUUGUGGAUGACGGCAUAUUUGUCACUAUGCUCAUUCAAUUUCAUUGUUUCAUUUCUGGUGAGAUUAACCUCAAUGGUGGUCAAAGAAUUCUUUCAUUUUCCAGAUUUCCUCAUCCUGUUGGUAUUGUUUCAUUCAGUAAAUACUCAGUAUCACCGGGAUUCACGCGGAAACUCCUUCUCUGGAGGAGCAAUCAAUGAUGUAUGUUUGCGGGAAUCUUAUCGUGACGUCAGAUGCCAAAGCUUUAACUAUGUGUUCAUCCAAGAAAAGUGUGAGUUGAGCAAUCGCAUAAAGGAAGCCGGACCUGAAGAUUUUGUACCCAACUCUGAGAGUUAUUACUUCAGACGAGAUACGUAG